AAAGCUAAGCUAACAGACGGCAAGGAUAAGCAAGCAGUCCAUGGCCACAGGAGUCGGAAGCCAUCAGCGCACCAGCCAUGCAACAACCGCAGCUGCAGCCCCGCCUCCGCGCGCGCGCUUUCCUCCACGCCACCGUCAAGCUCAGCCCGAGGAGGAACCCGUUCCUCCUGCGCCGUCCCGCCGCGUCCGCCGGCGGCGCCGUCGCGGGCGUCCAGCUGACUGUGUCGGACUCCGAGCUGUCGUCCCGGGGCUUCGCGGUGCGGCGCACCGCGGAGGGCCUUGACGUGGCGGCGCUGAACGAGGUGUUCGCGCGCGUGGGGUUCCCUCGGCGGCAGGAGGAGCGGCUCCGGCGCGCGCUGGAGCACAGCGAGGUGGCGUGGCUGGCGUCGGAGGCGACGGGGCGCCCCGUGGCGUUCGCGCGCGCGGCCGGCGACGGGGUGUUCAACGCGGUGGUGUGGGACGUGGUGGUGGAGCCGUCGUGCCAGGGCCUCGGGCUCGGCCGCGCCGUCAUGGAGCGCCUCGUGGCGGAGCUCCGGCGCAAGGGCGUCGGCAAUAUCGUGCUCUACGCGGAGCCCAGGGUGGUCGGGUUCUACCGCCCGCUGGGAUUCGCCAUGGACCCCGACGGCAUCCGGGGCAUGGCAUACUACCGCAGCAAGCAAAACCAGAAGCAACAGUGAUUUAUACUGCCAUCAUCAUUCAUCCAUGCAUCUCUGCUUUGCAUUUCUUUCUUUCUUUCUUUCUUUCUUUUUCGUUUGUUCUGCCAGCUGAUGGGAUGGAGACAGAUCGGAAAUGUUGAAAUUGAUCGAUACACUUGACACUGCUGCAUUGCAGAGUACAUGAGUAUAUGAGAUGGAUCAUGGAACUGACCA